GUUCCAAGAUGGGCCCAUCGUCCACGGCCUGCAUGUGCAGUGGUCCUCAACCUGUGGUACACGACCGUGUUCUGGCCUAGCUGUAUCAAACUAAGCAUCGUCGGGGCCAAAUUAAUUAUAUUGAUUCGAUUGGACGGGCGGAUCAACUACCGGGCGGAGGGGUUGGAACCAUGGGUGGCAAGAAAAAGAGAUCAGUGGGGUGGGGGAGGGGAUGACCACGGUACGCAUCGAAUGGAUAAGGCCCGGCUUUCAGAAAAGGUUGCAAUCCAAAAAGGAAAUGCUUCACAAAAGGAUCGGACUGCCCUUUGUCCUGAUAUUAUUUUGCUCACUUUGUAGGCGGCUCACUGGUCCCGCGCCAGUAAAAGCCUCGCUCGCUUCGGGAACACCCAUCCAUGGGUCCUCCAGGCACCGCGCCAGUGUACUUUCCGAUUCCUCUGCUGUCGUCUGCCCUAUCGGAUGGCAGACGGGGGGUCCACUAGCUGCUUUUGCUUAUGCGUAUGCCUAAUAUAGCAAAGAUCAUGAGGAAAACUGAAAGCCUUCUUUUUCCUCGCUCUUUUUCCCGUCCAUUUUUUUUCUUAUUUCUAUUAUUUCUUUUCUCUUCGUCUGGGCAGGCGAGUUGCCCUGCCCAGCCAGCCAGCGCCCCCCCCUCGAAGCAACGCACCCUUCCCUUGUGUGUGACCGGCUGAUCACGCACGCAUCCUUCUCCUCAUCUCCAUCAUCCCCACCCCCCCUAAGCCCCGCUUGUUCAUCAUUGUGGCGGGACCCGAAAUCGGCCCUUGAAAUUCAGUUGGCUCAUCGCGCGGGGGGAAAUAGAACGACGAACGGCGACG